AUGGUCAGGACGGAAGGGGCCACCCAUGAGACCUUAAGGAGGGCAGGUGGCGAUGCUUAUAGGGAGAGUUAUGGAAGGAAGGGAUGGAUGGACCUGCCGUCUGCCUCGAUGGCAUCGCCCGCUACCGCCGGCCCCAAGGCGCCUCGGAUAUCUGAGACAGAACCCGCUCUGUCACUCACGGAGAAGCAAGAGGAGCAGGCGGCCGUGGAAUGA